CGUCGCUGUGGAGGAAUGUGCGGAAACUUGUGUUCACUUUUCCGCGGCGUCCGUCGAGCGAAAAGCGGCUCCGGAGCGGAAUAAAGCUGCGGGAAAGUUGCUGGAAGAGGCUGCGGAGUCGGUAAGGUCCAGGACCUAGCAUGGCGACACAGACGGCGUUCCCGGCGGGGGUUUACCACCACGACGAGGAGGGGGCGGGGCUACCGGCCCCCCAGCUGGUGAUGCUAGCCACCGUGGCGGCGGAGGCUAGCGGCGGCGGCUGCGACGGCAGCGUGGCCGACGAGAAGGAGAUGAUGGAGCUGACGACGGUGGGGAGCAGCUACUCGGACAGCGAGGACGAGGGCGUCAUCAGGUACGGCUACGACAACCACCGCGAGGUCUGCAUCGUGGAGUACCCCGAGUCCCCCGAGUCCCCCGAGUCCCCCGAGUCCCCGGCCGGCUCGGCCCCCGGGGGGGGCGGGGACGAGGAGCAGCCCCGCCCCCCCACCCCCCCGGAGCUGGGGGGCGGGGCCGAGCCGCCCGCUAGCGGCGGCGCCGCCGCGCAGAAGAAGAAGAAGCCGUUCCGCUGCAAGCCCUGCCACUUCCAGGCGCAGAGCGAGGAGGAGUUCGUGCAGCACCUGAGCUCCCACAGCGUUAGCAAGAUGAUGGUGGUCAACCAGGUGGAGGGGCGGAGCCAGGAGGAGGGGCGGGGCAAGGGCCGGCCCCGGGAGGCGGAGCCACCGCCGGCCGGCGCCGAGGACGGCGGAGACCUUAAGGGCCUGAUCCGCUGCGAGCGCUGCGGCUACAACACCAACCGCUACGACCACUACAUCGCCCACCUGAAGCACCACAGCAAGGAGGGCGACGACCACAGGGUGUUCAAGUGCACGCUCUGCCCCUACACCACGGUCAGCCAGUACCACUGGAGGAAACACCUGAGGAACCACUUCCCCUCCAAGCUGCACACCUGCAGCCAGUGCAGCUACUUCUCCGACCGCAAGAGCAACUACGUCCAGCACAUCCGCACGCACACAGGCGUCCGUCCGUUCCGGUGUUUGUACUGCGACUAUUCCAGUUCCCAGAAAACCCACCUGACCCGCCACAUGAGGACCCACUCAGGCGAGCGGCCCUUCAAGUGCGACAGCUGCCCGUACCUGGCGGCCAACCAGCACGAGGUGACGCGCCACGCGCGGCAGGUGCACGACGGGCCGAAGCCGCUGGGCUGCCCGUACUGCGACUACAAGACGGCCGACCGCAGCAACUUCAAGAAGCACGUGGAGCUGCACCUGAACCCGCGGCAGUUCCUCUGCCCGCUCUGCAAGUACGCCGCCUCCAAGAAGUGCAACCUGCAGUACCACCUGAAGUCCCGGCACGCCGGCUGCCCCGCGCCGCUGGACACGUCCAAGGUGCGGCUGCGGGCGAAGAGGACGGCGGCGGAGGAACUGGAACCGGGGGCCGGCCCGGGAACCGAAGAACCGGGAACCGAAGAACCGGGGACCGAAGAACCGGGGACCGAAGAACCGGGGAUCGAAGAACCGGGAACCGAAGAACCGGGGACCGGCCCGGAAACCGACGGCCCGGACGACUCCAGCCCCAUCAACCUGUCUGUCCGCCGGGCCGGCCGGCCCCCCCAGCCGGACCAGAACCCCGACAGGAAGACCCGGCCCCCCCAGCCGGACCAGAACUCGGACAGAAAGGCCCGGCCCCCCCAGCCGGACCAGAACUCGGACAGAAAGGUCUCGACCCGGCAGAAGAAGCUCGCAGGCGAGAGUCCGGUCCCGGCGGAACCGGCACCUGCACCGAAGGUCCCGGACAAGCCCCGGAAACGGGCCAAGAAGAGGAUUCCUCUGGCCGAGGAGGAACCCCAGAACCAGAACCAGAACCAGACCCCGGGAGGACCCGGACCCGAGGAGGAGCCGGCGCCGCCGGCGGAGAAGAACCGGAACCUCGGCAAGUCCAGGAAGCCCGGGAGGAAGAAGAAGCCGGGACUCGGGAAGAAACCGGAACCGGAAAACGAGGAAACCCAGAAGAAGAAGAAGAAGGAGGAGAAGCCCGGGUCCAAGCCCGGGUCCAAGCCCGGGUCCAAGAGGAAGGCCCCGGCCGAGGUUCUGGACCUGUCCCAGAAGUCCAAGACCCGGCGCCUGAAGGCUCCGGUGGAGCCGCCGCCGCCCGAACCGGCCGGGGAACCCGGGCCGGCCCCGGCGGCGCCGAAGAAGAGAGGCAGGAAGCCCGGCAGGAAGGCGGCGGUUCUGCGGCUGGACCCGGUGGUCCCGGUGGUCCCGGUGGUCCCGGUGGUGCAGGACCCCCCCGGCCCGGUCCAGACGCCCUCAGAGACCGACGAGGGAAUCCACAGCAGCCACGAGGCAGGAAGUGACAUCAGCGACAGCGUCUCGGAGGGAAGUGACGACUCCGGUCUCCACGGCAACGCCGGCGGCAAGAUGGCCGACGACACGCCCCCGGACACGCCCACAGAGGACGUGGCCACGCCCUCGGACACGCCCACACUGGCCACGCCCACAGAUCUCAAGAGCCACACCUGCAUCUUCUGCGACCGGGCGUUCCCGCUGGAGUCGGCGUACCGGCGCCACCUCAACCGCCACCUGGUCAACGUUUACUUCCUGGACGCCGCCAAGGCGGGGGAGUGAGGCGCCGCCGCCGCGGCAACGACGGGCCGCCGCCGCGGCUACCGCUAACGCUCUGGUCCGAGCCUGCGACAAUCAGGACCAGGACGCGCCGCGGCGGCGAUUAGCUCUGAGACGUUUCAGUGCAAUAACUAGUUUCUCCUGCGGAGGGGGCGUGGCCCCAGGCCAUGAGGUCACAUGAUGUAGGGGGCGUGGCCCCAGGCCAUGAGGUCACAUGAUGUAGGGGGCGUGGCCCCAGGCCAUGAGGUCACAUGAUGUAGGGGGCGUGGCCCCAGGCCAUGACGUCACAUGAUGUAGGGGGCGUGGCCCCAGGCCAUGAGGUCACAUGAUGUAGGGGGCGUGGCCCCAGGCCAUGAGGUCACAUGAUGUAGGGGGCGUGGCCCCAGGCCAUGAGGUCACAUGAUGUAGGGGGCGUGGCCAAACCCUGACGGUUAUUUUCUCCAUUACCAGUAAAUCAACUGUCGUCUUCUGUUCCUUUUUCAAUAAAGUUUUUUUCAGCCUCAACACGUCUGGUUUUUGGUUUUGUCGAUGACGACGAUAUUUAAUCCGAAUUUUCAUUGACGUCGAA